CGAGAGCGGGGACGAGAGUGCGGUGAAGUGUAGGUGGGGCCGGGAAAGAAGAAACUAGAUCUCGGCGGAAAAGCUCGAGCGCGCUUCCGCAGCUGUCUCAGCAGUGCCUUUGGGGCGCAUGCGCACACGCCAGUCGAGAGCUGAGGUGGGACGGAGGCCAGGCGCUAGAGCGCGGUAAAGAACCAUCGCGAUGGCCGCCCAAGGAGAACCCCAAGUGCAGUUCAAACUUGUAUUAGUUGGUGAUGGAGGUACUGGAAAAACAACAUUUGUGAAACGUCACUUGACUGGUGAAUUUGAGAAGAAGUAUGUAGCCACCCUGGGUGUUGAGGUCCAUCCUCUAGUGUUCCAUACUAACAGAGGUCCUAUUAAAUUCAACGUAUGGGAUACAGCUGGCCAAGAGAAAUUUGGUGGUCUGAGAGAUGGUUAUUACAUCCAAGCUCAGUGUGCCAUUAUAAUGUUUGAUGUAACAUCAAGAGUCACUUACAAGAAUGUACCAAACUGGCAUAGAGAUCUGGUACGAGUAUGUGAAAAUAUCCCCAUAGUGUUGUGUGGCAACAAAGUGGAUAUUAAGGACAGAAAAGUCAAGGCGAAAUCAAUUGUCUUCCAUAGGAAGAAGAAUCUCCAGUACUAUGACAUCUCAGCCAAAAGUAACUACAACUUUGAGAAGCCCUUCCUUUGGCUUGCUAGAAAACUUAUUGGAGACCCUAAUUUGGAGUUUGUUGCCAUGCCUGCUCUUGCACCUCCAGAGGUUGUCAUGGACCCAGCACUGGCAGCACAGUAUGAGCAGGACUUACAGAUUGCUCAGACAACUGCGCUCCCUGAUGAAGAUGAUGACCUGUAAGGGAAUGAAGCUAGAGCCCAGCGUCAGAGGUCUAGUUUUAUAGGCAACUGUCCUGUGAUGUCAGUGGUGUAGCGUGUUUGCCACUUUAUUAUAUAGCUGAGCAGAACAUGUGCUUAAUCUUUGGGAUGCUGAAGGAGAUGAAUGGGCUUCGGAGUGAAUGUGGCAGUUUAAAAAAAUAUAAUUCAUAUUUUGGACCUGCGUAUUUAGCUGUUUUGGACCGCAAUUACGUCCCCUUGAGUUUCAAAUAUAAAACUGCUGCAGUCCCAUCACAAUAUUCAGUGGUGAAUCUUGUUUGUUACUGUCAUUCCCAUUCCUUUUUCGUUUAGAUCAUAAUAAAGUUGUAUUUCAAAUAUCUAAGCAAGUGAGCUCUUAUCCCUUGUUUACAAUAAGCAUUUUAAAACCUGUUUUGUAAGAUCCGUGGUAGAUGUGUACCAUGUUACUAUUUAAAUGGCCUUCACGUUUUUAUGACUAGUUGUUUUUAAAAUGUGUUUCAAACAUAUCAGUAAGAUACAUCUGAGUCAUACAUUUCACAAAGUAAAGAUAGGGGCUGGACAGGUUAAGAAAAACUUUGUGCUACUGUUAGAUGACUGGUCACAACUUGGUAAUAAAGUUAAAAGGUGUGAGUAUAUAUAAUUUAGACAGUUAAGCUAAAAGUUUUCACACUAGCUAAGUAGUGUACCUAAGGUGGUUUGUGGAAGAAGGGUAAAGUUGAAGAAUAAAGUAAUCACAUGAGUGUUGUAUGUUUUUCCUGUGUAUGAGCUGUCGAUAGAAUAGAAUUUUAAUUUAUGUGGAUUGAGUAUCAAUUGAAUGCAGCUUUUUAAAGGCUAUAUUGCUUAACAUACAUGGGAAUGGUAACCAUACUUUGAAAGGGUGGUUUGAGGUGAUAGUGGAAAAAAGCUAGACUCUGUUAACUUCAACUUUGAUAAGCUUUAUUUAAAUCUACUGUAGGCAAAAUAUUGUUGGGAAGGAAGCAUAUCAAGACAAAAGUCAGUAAUCAGGUAAUGCUGUGAUAUGACCACCACCGGAAUAGUGAGAAAAUGGACCAUAUUCAGUGAUGUCAAUCUAAAUUGAAGCCUUGGAAUGAGUUUUGUAUUUUGGGUUCUAUAAUAAAAGUGAAGCAUUUAAUUAUU